GUCAUGCAAUAUAUUUAAAAACUUAAGUACAUCAAUCCUACAUGAUUUCUAGAAACUCUCUAACUAUGAUUUAUUCACCAGAAAAUGAUUCAUAAAGAUCGAAGGUGGUGGAUCGAAAUCAGCUAUCAAAUAAAAUUCAUCAACACAAUGUUCAUUUGAAAGCUGUCUUCAGUCUUUAAUAAUUAAAUCUGUCUGUUGGAUUUCACGGAGUAAAUAAAAAAUAUCAUGACAGAAAGGUGCUAAUUUAACAUUCAUCAUUGUAAACACGACUCGCGGGAUGCUCCAUCGUCCAAUGUUCAUGGUCCAUGAUUCGCACAGCCUCCGAUUUCCUCCUACAUCUCUACCACUCCAUCAAAAUGUGCGUCAGGCCACGCGUCAUCGGUGGUAAGCCAGGAGACAGUCAAUGUUGCACAAGCAGUUUGAUUCCUCGAGUGAUGCUUGUGCCAGUAGUCCACGCGAGACCCAGUCAGUUCUUCGUGGCUUCAGCGUCGAGCCACUCUCCACUCUUUCAGUUCACCUUAUGCGCGUUUUAUAGGUCUUAGUGCAUCCAUGUUUUUGCAAACCUCUGCUAUUUUAAUCAUAUUAAAAAUUUAAUUCCACAAAAUAUAUUGAUAUUAACAGUGUGUAAUUAAUACUUUUAACUAAAGUGUGAUCUACAGUGUUUGAUAUGGAGACGGAGGGGACGCCAACGUCGACUUCAAAAGCAACGUCGAUUGAAUUGAAGACCCGGCGAACACAAUUUCAACCAAGAGUAUCGACUUUGGAUACUAGACGACAUCAAGCAGUUUGUGUAAGACGGGCUUUUAAAAAAUAUGGCCCAAAAAGUAAUCCAAAUAUCAUCCUUGAUGGUUUGAAUAUGACAGUACCCAAGGGUUGCAUAUAUGGACUGUUAGGCUCAAGUGGAUGUGGUAAGACAACAUUACUGUCAUGUAUUGUUGGAAGAAGACGUUUGAAUGCCGGAGAAAUAUGGGUACUUGGAGGAAAACCUGGAUCCAAAGGUUCUGGAGUUCCUGGACCAAGAGUUGGUUAUAUGCCUCAAGAAAUAGCUCUCUAUGGUGAAUUUUCUAUUCGAGAGACUUUUAUUUAUUUUGGGUGGUGUGCUGGAAUGAAUACUCCUCAAGUUGAUGAAAAAAUUGACUUUCUAAUUAAGUUGCUAGAUUUACCCAAUGAGAACAGAUUUGUCAAAAAUCUUUCUGGAGGUCAGCAAAGACGUGUUUCAAUAGCUGCGACCUUGUUGGCUGAUCCUGAACUUCUUAUCCUAGACGAGCCAACAGUUGGAAUUGAUCCAGUGUUACGGCAAAGCAUUUGGGACCAUUUGGUAUCCAUCACCAAAGAUGGCAGUAGGACAAUAAUAAUUACUACUCAUUACAUUGAAGAAACUAGACAAGCAAGUAUGAUUGGCUUGAUGAGAGGUGGGAAGUUUUUAGCUGAAGAAUCACCCACAAGACUCAUGGAAAUGCAUCAUAUGGAUUCUCUUGAGGAAGUAUUUUUAAAAUUAAGCAGACGACAAAAUAUGGGUUUGCGACGUCGAAGCAGUAUAUUAAGCAGUGUUACGGGUGUACCUCCAGACAUCGACGUCGAUGAUGAAAUGAGUGGAGAGUUUGGUGAUAACGUCAGUAUUUCUAGUCGUAGACGAAGUAUUGCUGUUACUUCAGACGACGAAUACAUUCCGGAGUUGCCGCCAGAAGAGAAAGGCCACAAUAAUUUCAAAAUGCUCGAUUCACAGCACAUGAAAGCGCUCAUUUGGAAAAACUUCCUGUGGAUGUGGCGAAACGUUGGCAUGAUGCUUUUUAUCCUUGGUUUACCCGUUCUUCAAAUAAUUUUAUUCUGUUUGUCGAUUGGUAAGGAUCCAGUUGGCCUUCAAAUCGCAAUUGUAAAUCAUGAAUUGAAUAGCAGUAUGGAUUCUUGCGUGCCAACAAUUGGCUGUGAUAAGACAAUGUUGAGUUGUAGAUUCCUAAAACACUUAAAAACAAGAAAAGUCGAGUUGAUGAAUUACGAUAGAAUUGAAGAUGCAAGACACGCAGUAGAAAAAGGAUGGGCGUGGGCUGCUAUUUAUUUUCCUGCUAAUUAUUCAGUAGCAUUGCCAGCAAGAUUAGAAGAGGGUCGUGAUGCUGAUGAAUGGGCCAUUGAAUUUGCCAAUAUGGAUAUUGUCAUGGAUAUGUCAAAUCAGCAAAUUGGCCAAUUACUUAAACGAGAUUUUUAUUAUUCAUAUCAGGAUUUUGCGAAAGAUAUUUUGGUGGCUUGUAACUACAGCGAAAAAUUUGCAAACAUUCCUGUUGAUUUUAAAACACCCAUUUACGGACCACGUGAGCCUAAUUUCACCGAUUUUGCAGCACCAGGGAUUAUAUUAACGAUCAUCUUCUUCUUGUCAGUUGCAUUGACAUCAGGUGCUAUGCUGCUAGAACGUAAUGAAGGUCUUCUUGAACGGAGUUUGGUAUCAGGAAUUACAGGAACAGAGAUAUUGUUUGGACAAGUAGUCACGCAAUUUGUAGUCAUGACUGGACAAACUUUAAUGGUUUUAAUAGUAGCUUUUGCGAUGUUCAAACUUACUUGUGAAGGUCCAAUCGCAUGGGUUACCAUUUUAACUAUUCUUACGGGCUUAUGUGGCAUGUGUUUCGGAUUCGUCAUCGCUUGUGUUUGUGAUACUGAAAGAAGUGCAACAUAUAUGGCUAUGGGUUCGUUUCUCCCUAUUGUUAUGUUAUGUGGCAUAAUUUGGCCUGUAGAAGGAAUGUACCCAGUUUUACGAGCAAUUAGUUUCGUCUUACCUUUAACCAAAAGUACAGAAUCUAUCCGUGCUAUGUUAGGCCGAGGUUGGAAUAUAGAAGAACCAACUGUCUAUGAAGGAUUUAUUUCAACAUUUGUAUGGAUUAUUUUGUUUCAAACACUUUCAAUAUUAUUAUUGAAAUUUAAAAAAGGCUAGAGUACAAUUCAGGUCAUUGCAGACGAGUCCAUAAAAUUUCUUUAUACCUCGGUUUAGGCUGUAUAGUAAAAUAGUGAUAAGAAAAAAUAAUUCAAUUUUGAUAGAAUUAAUUAGUUAAAUAAUAGGAUAAUGAAUUGCUUUUACUUUCUUGUACUUCAAUCAAUGUGUUUGCUCAAUGCAUCUUAGGUUAUUUAUUCAUUUUUAU